AUGCUGCGCCGUUCUUUCCUUCGUUUAUUUACUCUUGCAGAGAGCAAAGCCAUGUUCCUGGACGCCAAGGGCCAUUCAUUGGCCUCACACUCCACCGCAACACUCACACAAACACUGCAGGUACUUGCGGAACAUCAUCAUCAUAAAGACACCGCACUUACACAUGCCGUUUUGCAGCGAUUACUUUCUUUAGACUCUACAGAUGCCGAUUCUGAAACUAUAGCUUUAUUUCAUACAUGUAAAGAGAACUCCAACAGUGAUCCUGUGGAUAAAUCACCACUACCACUAUCAACAUCAACAUCAUCUUCACAUUUGAUAUUGCAGGUGAUGACGUUGUAUGCAAAUGAUACCGUUGUUCGUGAACGUUGUUGUCGUUGUAUUGCAAACAUGUGUCAACUCACUCAUAUUUCACAUACAUUACAGUCUUCUUCUUCUUCUUCUACUUGUGGAGAUAAUGUUGGGGAAUCGCAGGAUUCUCUUAUGAACUCAACAACUGAUCACAACAAGACUGUUGAUGGAAAGAAGAAUAAUAUUGCGGAUAUGUUGGUGGAACAGGGUGCGGUGGAGUUAGUGUUUGGUACACUCGCCAUGUUUUCUCGAUUAAGUGCGAAGGGACGUGCCUGGUCUGCACUCGCCGCAUUAAAUCUUGUUUGUCUCUCAGAGAAUGGAGCCCAACGGGCCGCAAAGGCAAAGGGGGAGUCUGUACUCGCAGACUUUGUGGCUGCUUCGGCUUCUCAUAUGAAUAAUAAUAAUAAUAAUAAUAAUAAUAAUAAUAAUAAUAAUAAUAAUAAUAAUAAUAAUAAUAAUAAUAAUAAUAAUAAUAAUAAUAAUAAUAAUAAUAAUAAUAAUAGUGAUAAAAGUAAUCAAUGUGUGGCGAUAGAUGCUGCAUUAGGGGCUCUUACACGACUACUCACAGCGGAGGCGGAUGACAAUGCGGCGGGUAUACGUUACCGCUAUGAAGAAGUAUCAUACGGUACUGUAGAGGCAAUUGCACAGGGACUCGUCUGGUUAUCCGAAUCUUUUAUAGCGGAGAUGCAAACUGGAAAUGAUAAUGGAAAUAGUAAUAGUAAUAGUCGUCGUCGUGAUGGAAUGGUGUUUUUCCCUACAGCUCUUCCAUCCCAGCAAUCUGCGAUAUUAACAUAUCUUCCACCUUUACAUAAGGCAUGGAUGGCAUUAAGGAGUAUUAGCAGUAGUAGUAAGAAUCUACCUAUUGUAUAUGAGGCCUUUUAUCGACCCGGUGAGGGUAGUGGACUACAAACCGUAAUGGAUGUUGUGUUGAUGCUUGGCGUGAGUGUAGAGGGACUUGCGGCUGUUGGGGCUGAAGAGGCAAUGCAGUUGCAAUCCAAUAUGUUGUUGUGUGCAAUGGAGGCUUGUGCAGAUCUCACCGCAACACGAAAAGACUUGACUGCAGGUGCCCUAGCAGAGGCAGUUCAUACUACUACUACUACUACUAAUAAUACUAAUAAUAAUAAUGAUAAUACUAAUAAUAAUAAUAAUAAUAAUAAUAAUAAUAAUAAUAAUAAUAAUAAUACUGUAGAAGAAGGAGGAGGAGGAGAAGAGAAAGAAGAAGAGAGUGUGGGAGUCUCUGCCGUUAUUCCCACAGAGGCGGCGUUAACUGUAUCGGACUCACUCGCGGCAGGUGUAGUCUCCACCAUUGCGGUCUCAACGAUUGUGCGAUUACACGCCACCCACAGAGAAGCGAUAGAAAACAAGAAGUCUAACACCAUUCAUAAUAGAGAUUCUAAUCAUAAUAAUAAUAAUAAUAAUAAUAAUAAUAAUAUUAAUAAUAAUAAUAAUGUUAAUAAUAAUAUUAAUAAUGUUAAUAAUAAUGAGUUAAUGGGUCUAGUGUAUGAAAGUAGUGUAUUUGAUCUUCUUGCUAGAUGUGUGGUGGUGUUAGCCAACUUGGCUGGACAUGAUAUCGCCGUUGCCUCUUUAAACACCAUCGCCGCUCUGCACGCAUUACUGCAAGACGCUGCAGAUAUUUUAGAGCAAAUAGGCACACAAUACCGUAAAGACCCAUCCAAACUCUUUACGAACGAAUGCUCAUCACAGAAUAAUAAUAAUAAUAAUAAUAAUAAUAAUAAAGAAAAAGAAAAAGAAAAAGAAAUACAACUUCUACUUAUACAGCAAUGUGCAUUAGCAGGGCAGGUGUAUGCUGUGCUCUGGGGUGUUCUCCGUACACCGGCGGGGACCUCAACAAUGCGGGAGUUGUCUGUAAAUGAGACUGUGAAGAGAGUGCAAACUGCCGUGGAGGCAUUAUGUGAAGCCGCCGAUGGAUUGAAGGAAGAGAACAAUAAUAAUAAUAAUAAUAAU